ACUCCGCCGCUUCCUGAUCCCGCUGGCUCCUCCCCGCUUCCCUCAGCAGCUGAUCCUCAGCUGCAGCCCGCGCCUCCCGGCCCGGCUCUAGCGUGGCGCCGCCGCCGGUUAACUCGCUCCUGGAGCGGCACGGGGGGACAGACACACUCGCCCCUGCGGGGACCUGCGGAGGGACGGUAACGUUCGCCACUCCGGGGACGGACACGUUCGCCACUCCAAGGACCUCCUGGGGCAAGGACACAUUCGCCGCUGCGGGGACUUGCAGGGGGACAGACACACUCGCCGCUCCGGGGACCUUUUGGGGGAGGGACACGUUCGCCACUCGGAGGACCUGGCGGGGAACGGGCACACCCGUCACUCGGAGCAGCCGCGAGAGGACGCGUCCCGCCGCCGGGCCGGCUGAGCGACCUGUGCCGCCUGCGGCCCCGCGGCCGGCAGGGAAGGUGGCGGCGGGCGGGCAGGUGCUCCCGCAGAGCGGUGAAGGAGAAGGGAGCGCUCCGGAGCCACGGCCGGCCCGCCUUGAGAUCCUGCGGGCAACCGGAGGGAAGAUGAAGGGAAAAAUAGUUCAAGUGCGGGGCCGGUUUGCAGUGGGGCUUGUCCUCUGUAAAUGCUGAGUGAUUUCAAAAUUCAAAGCAUUACGGCUUUAGAAUUUAGUUUGGGGUUUUUUUGUUGUUGUGGUGGUGGCUUUCUCUAUGAUACUUUUUAUGGGGCUGUCAGAGGUUUCAUAGCUUGCUCUCUCCUGCUCCUUCCCGAGCAACACUGACCAAAGGAGGGUUGCCCCAUCACGAGCAGUAGACCUUUCUGCAGCCCCAGAAGACUGCUGGAAGUACAGAUGAAUUUUCUUCUCUUACCCUCCAAUAUCAACUAAACCCCAAAAGGACCCUGUACCUCUCUGGUAACAUCUGAUGCUGUGUCAGACAACAGGAGUGUCAUUCAAAGAGUGAUGUCCGUGAGGUGCUGCACAGACCCCCUGUCCCACCUUGCAGCAUCUAACUGCAUGCUGCCUGUGCACAAAGUGAGCUGCUUGAAACUUUCAGGCCAUGAUGAAAUCCCACAAUGCUGUUUUGAGAGGGUGAGGUGAAGGGACAGAAAGGGCAAUAAAAAAUGGCCAAGCAAACAGCCGUGACGAUUACUUUGGCAACCCUGCUGGGUGUUGCGUUGGGGGGCCUGGUUUUGUGGAAAGCAACCCAGCGUCGGAAAGGAAAAACAUGCUGUAGUAGUCAGCAAGAGGAAGCAGCAGUAAAGUCAGAAGAUGAGAAACUCAUUAAGGCAGAGGAUAAGAAGGUGCUUUCCUUCUUCAGAUCUCCCACCUUUUCCUGGAUAGAGAGGACCCUUGGUGCAGACAUAGUGAUAGUUUCAGAGCAGGAGGUGUGGGAUCAUGUUGAACCGUUGCUGAAGAAGGAGCUGGAGAAGUGGCCGGUUCUUGGAAUUGAUUGUGAGUGGGUAUCUGUGGAGGGGAAAGCAAAUCCUGUAUCCCUGCUACAGAUGGCUUCUUCCAGUGGCCUCUGCAUUCUUGUUCGGUUGCCCAAGCUUGUUGCUAGUGGCCAGACUCUUCCAAAGACUUUGUUGGACAUCAUGGCAGAUAGUGCUGUGUUGAAAGUUGGGGUAGGAUGCUGGGAAGAUGCUUGCAAAUUACUUCAUGAUUAUGGUCUUCCAGUCAAAGGGAGCAUGGAUCUCCGGUAUUUAGCCAUGAGACAGCGGAAGGAUCUACUUCGCAACUGCCUUAGCCUUAAGUCUUUAGCUGAAAAAGUCCUGAACUUCCCGCUUGACAAGUCUCCUCAUGUGCGUUGCAGCAACUGGGAGGCAGAAGAACUGACACAAGAUCAGGUUCUCUAUGCUGCUAGGGAUGCCCAGGUCUCAGUGGCUCUGUUCUUCCAUUUGCUGGGAUUUACCAGCCUCCCUGCUACAUCUGAAGGUGAAAACUCUGUCACUGCUUGGGAGAAAGCACGGGGAAAAUGCCAGGGCUUGGUGGAUAUCCCAUUUAGAGGAAGAAAGAGUGGCAGCACAGGAGAGGAGAAGAGUGGAGAGGGGCGUUCCCCUCAGAAAACAAAGAAUCGGAAGUCUUGGGUGAAUGGCCAGCCCUCUGGCAAUCAGCAAAUGAGAGAUCCACGGAGGCAGAAGCGAAAGCCUCUGGGUGUGGGAUAUUCUGCAAGAAAAUCUCCACUGUAUGACAACUGCUUCCUGCAUGCACCAGAUGGACAGCCCCUGUGCACUUGUGAUCGCAAGAAGGCUCAGUGGUAUCUGGACAAGGGGAUUGGAGAGCUAGUUAGCACAGACCCAUUUGUUGUGAAGCUGCGGUUUGAACCUUCAGGACGUCCUGAGUCUCAAGUUGAUUAUUAUCUAACGGUCAAAGAAAACCUCUGUGUUGUAUGUGGCAGGCGAGAAUCCUAUAUUCGGAAGAAUGUUGUUCCUCACGAAUACCGAAGACACUUCCCCAUCCAGAUGAAGGACCACAACUCGCAUGACGUACUCCUACUCUGCACAUCCUGCCAUGCUAUCUCCAAUUACUAUGACAACCAUCUCAAGCAGCAGCUGGCCGAGGAGUUUGGGGCCCCCAUCGGCUCCGAGGAAGGUGUGCGUCUCCUGGAGGACCCUUUGCGCAGGCAAGUGCGCUCGGGGGCGCGAGCCCUGCUGAAUGCAGACAGCCUGCCUGACCCCCGAAGGGCAGAGCUGCUGCAAAGCAUCAAGGACUUCUAUAACACAGAGACAGUCACUCCAGAGAUGCUCCAGGCAGCAGCUGGUCUGGAAACCAGGAUCUGCAACGAGAGCUACAUGCCACAUGGACUGAAGGUGGUGCAGUGUUGUGCUAAAGGAGGCCUGCGCUCCCUUAUGCAGCUGGAAAGACGCUGGCGGCAGCAUUUCUUGGACAGCAUGAAGCCCAAACACCUCCCAGAACAAUGGUCAGUGGACCAUAACCACAUGAAGCUGAUCCAAAAGUAUGGGGAGGAUCUUCAGAUCAAGCUGUCAUGAAACUAACUUCCUGGACUCUGGAUAGUGUCUAAUGGACAUAAUGUAACUGAAGAUGGAAGGACUACUUUUAUUUCUAUGUCUCCGCUAACACCUGGGGCCUGGGUUUGCAAAAAGGCAGCAGUAGAUAUGCCAGAUUUGACAGAGUUAAAUUUGACAGUUUAUAGAGUUAAAUCCAUUGACUUGAAGUUUCAGGUGGUUUGGAAGUUUAAUCCUAGUCUGUCACUCACCAGUUCAGUGGAAGAAUGGUAUGAUAAGGGAAUUUGUCUUCUCAAAGUGACUAUGAAGAAUCAUCUUCUAGCCCCCAGGAUGUCUGAUGCCUCCAGACCAUCUCUUGUAAUAGAGUGAGUCCAGAGAGAGGCAACAAAAGCACAAUAGAUGAACAUUUCCAGAUUUUCUGACAUACAUUUGUGCCCUUGGCUUUACCUUGGGAGUCUUCUUGAUAGAAGUCUUUGUUUUCAGUGCAGCUGUACUCGUAUGAGUUCUUCUUAGAGAAGACCCCCUGCCAGAGAGAGAUUCCUUGUUUGGAAGAAGCAAAGAAACCUUACUUUUUUUGCAGAUGCUGAGCUGUACCAGCAUUGCAGAUAGGCCUCAGCAAGUUUUCUGGUGGCAAGUGCCCGAUGAGAAAUGACACUCUGGCAGUAUGGAAAUACCCAUGUUAAGUCUUUUGUUAACCAGCUUCCAGUAACAGAGUUCAUAAAAAAUGGUUUUCCUAAUUCCGCUUGUUUGUCGUGAAUAGUGUGCUCACGCGUGCAGGGCUGUUACAGAGACGGGGUGGCAUAACUCCUGUGACUGGAGUGUUGGAAUGGAGGGUGCAGGCUCUUCAGGAAGAACAGGCACUGGCAGCAAGGAGGAGGUGUCACCUUACUAUGUCAGUGACUGGCUGGAGUGCACAGAGCUCCAUCUGGAGUGCAUGGAGCUCAGCCUAGGGAUGGAGGAGGAGUCAACCAAGAACUUAUGGGUCAGGAUUAAAGGGAGGGCAGGGGCAGGUGACAGCGGGGAUCUGCUACAGGUUGCCCAACCAGGAAGACUUGAGUGGAUGAAGCCCUCUAUAGAUAAGAGCAGCCUCGGGUUCACAAGGCCUGGUCUUCAUGGGGGACUUCAGCCACCCCAUAUCUGUUGGAGAGGCAACACAGCAGGGCAUAAGCAGUUCAGGAGGUUCCUGGAAUGUGUUGAUGACUUUUCCAGAAAGCCAGCUGCAUCAUGGGCUGUAUCAAAAGAGGCAUGACCAGGAGGUCAAGGGAGCUGAUUCUCCCCCUCUAUUCUGCUCUCGUGAGACCACCUGGAGUACUGUGUCCAGCUCUGGGACCACCAGUAUAGUAGAGCAAGUCCAGAGGAGGGCUACAAAGAAGGCUGGAGCACUUCUCCUAUGACUUUUUACGCGAGUGUGUAGUGAUAGAACAAGGGUUAGUGGCUGUAAACUGAAAGAGGCUAGGUUUAGAUUAGAUAUUGGGAAGAAAGUCUUUACUGUGAGGGUGGUGAGGCACUGGAACCGCUUGUCAGGGAAGCUGUGAAUGCCUCAUCCCUGGAAGUGUUCAAAGCCAGGUUGGAUGGAGCUCCGAGCAACCUGGUCUAGUGGAAGGUAUGCCAGUCCAUGGUAGGGAUGUUGGAACUGGAUGUUCUUUAGGGUCCCUUCCAACACAAACCAUUCCGUGAUUCCAUGAAUAGCUCUUGGUGAGUACCUUUUCAUAUCGGACUGAAAUAAGGACAGGCGUCUUAAAAGAGAUGAGAGGAAACAAUUGAAGACCAGAAGCUUGUAAGAGAUCAGACCACACAUGGCAAAAAAUGGAAAAUCUGAUGUUCUGUACCUGGAUUUGACAUGUGUGGUGGUGAGCAGGUUAUACUUUUUCCAUGCCUGUUUCUCUGUCUCUAAAAUGGGACUAGUAAUACUUAACUAUCUCACAAGGGUGUUGUGAGUCUUAAUUAAUUCAUGUUUUUGUAAAAUGCUUUGAAAAUAUAAGCUAGUGUGUGCUAAUUAUUAUUGUUGUUUUUUAAAAUGUGCUGCUGUUUAACUUCCUUAAAUAUUCACAUUUUUUGUCUGGUGCUAGACCUUAGUUAAAGAUAACUUUUUAAAAAUGCAUACUCCUUUCUGUAAAAAUCACUUUUGGUUAUUUUGAUUGCAUGAGAUGAGUGUGCUUCUACUGAAUGAUGAAGCUAUGCUCAACUUUUAUACCUCUCUGUAAAGAAGUUUCAGUAAAACCCUUAUCUUCACACUA